UUCGUCCUAUUUUACAUCUUGGCUGCCCUGGCCUUGCUGGGUAUUGCUGGAGCCAGAAACUCAACCAACGAUUUUCGCAACGAGUGCGUCUCUGCGCAUAACAAGUACCGCGAGAUUCAUGGCGCUGGUGCCCUCGAGUGGAACGAUCAGCUGGCAGCAAAAGCUGAUGAGCUUGCUAGGGAAUGCCCAGACAUGGUGGUCCCUACUGGCUACGAGAAAGCUGCGCACAGCGCGAGCGUUUCGAUCGGCUACGACAACGUUACCGCGGCCAUCAACUCGAUAUACGCCGCGAGGAAACACUACAACUUUGCCACCGGUCAUUGGAAUAGGAAGAUCGGUCAUUUCACUCUUGUCGUCUGGAGGGGCUCAAGGUAUCUCGGUUGCGCUGUCAAGCUGUGC